CUCAAGUCAUUUCUCUCGACGUCGACGCUCCCGCUCUCCACUCGGCGGCACUCCCAGACUAAAUCCACCACGCAUCGACGACGACCAGCGUCUUGUCUCUCCCAGCAAUCGUCCAGCUCUCUGCCUCUUCCACUCUCGUUUGUCGCUCUGUGUCCCUCAUUCCCUUCUCUGUCGCUGACUCGCUUUGUGAGUGUGUCUCUCAUUCCCUCGUCGAACCAGCAGGCAGAAGCUGACCGCCGAACCAGUCUAUUUGUGUUCGCUUUCUAGGCAGUAAAAGAAAUAUGCUGAGGAGGAGAUUUUGUAUUCUCUCAACAAUGAUUGGAAGUUCAGUUGGUGGCAAAUCCGUUUGCAGUCUUACACGCCCAUCUGUACAAUUUCAUCUGCUGAGGCAUCCUCAAUCUCUUGACUCUCGUGCAACCUUUGAUCAUAAUAGGCUCAUGGAUUCUCAUGGUCUUAGAGCUUACAGUCUUCUGAGCUUGAAUGAUCUGAGAGAUAAGGUGCCGAGAAAACAGAAAACCAGGAAGGGUCGUGGGAUUGUCGGAAAGGGUAAGACUGCUGGGAGGGGUCACAAAGGUCAGAAGGCUAGAGGGCAUGGGAAAUUGGGUUUUGAAGGAGGUCAAACACCACUUCGACGAAGGUUGCCAAAACGUGGAUUUAAGAAUCCAUUUAGCCUCACUUUUCAGCCUGUGGGUUUGGGAAAAAUUGCAAAGCUUAUAAAUGCAGGGAAGAUAGAUUCGUCUGAACUGAUUACAAUGAAAACACUCAAGGAUACAGGGGCGAUUGGAAAGCAGAUAAAAGAUGGAGUAAGAUUGAUGGGACGUGGUGCUGAGCAGAUCAAGUGGCCAAUUCAUCUGGAGGUAUCAAGGGUCACUGUAAGGGCCAGGGAAGCAGUGGAAGCAGCUGGUGGGUCUGUGAGAAGAGUGUAUUACAACAAGCUCGGCUUCAGGGCACUUCUGCAGCCAGAGUGGUUUGAGAAGAAGGGAAGAUUGUUGCCAAAAGCAGCUAGGCCUCCUCCCAAACAGAGAGAUAAAGCUGACAGCAUCGGUCGGCUUCCUGCUCCAACAAAGCCAAUUCCAUUUUCGGUUGAAGAAAAGGAAGCACCUUUGAAUUCAUAAUUUAUAUUCAUAAUAUUAGUGAUAAAUCCCUUGAACCAUAUCUAGUGAAUUCAAGUUGAGACAAUAGCAUAUCCAUUCAAUCAUCCCAUGAAAUGAGAAUAUCUUUUUUGGUAUGGUGAUUUUAAGGCACAGUUGUUCACUCAGAUAAGCAGAGCUUAGUUCUUGUCUGUAUUUGGGCUGUGAUUGGAACUUAGUCUGUGAGAUAUCUAGGGAGGAGAACUAUGCACAGUUUUCAUUUCUACUUGGGUCCUUUUCUCUUCGAAUUGAGAUUAAAUUUCUGUCUUCA